AUGGGCAAGGCAAAGAAGGAGUUCAUUUCCGAUGAGGAAGAAUACGACCACGGCAAUGGAUCUCACAAGCAUUCCGGCGUGGGUACGGGCAAUGGUCCUCGCCACUUCUGGACCGAGGAGGAGCUCGAGCAGAUUCGCCUAUGGAGAGAGCUGAACAAGGACUGGGAAGAAAUCGCUCAAGAAUUCCCAGGCACAACGGUCAACUCCAUCAAGCUCCAACACCGUAAAGCUGUCGCCAAUGCAGGAGCGGUCGCUGAGUGGACCCCGGAGGACAUGGAUCUUCUUGUCAAGGCGUACAAAGAGAAUCGCAAGGAGUUCUACCUCAAAGUAGCUGCUGCAACUGGGAGGGGUUGGUUGACGUGUGAAGACAAGAUUGUUGAACUGGGGAAGGAGGUUACGAAGGGGUAUAGGGCGUAG